UCAGGGCGCGACCCUCGUCCCUCGUUCUUGCAGAGGUACAGGGCUGAGCCGCUGUCACUAUAGGACAGGGAAGGUUGAGGGUCUGGCGCCCGCCGCCCUCUCACCCCCCCAGCUCGUCUACCCCAACCCUAUAGCGCAGGGCGACCGCAGCCAGGCUCUGAUGCUGGUCUCUGGUAGAAGGAAGUUGUUGUCAGCUCUGCUGCAAGCUCAGAAGGGGCCCUUUCAACCCUCCAGAGACAUGAGAUUGGUGCAGUUCCAGGCACCACACCUGGCGGAACCUCACCUGGGCCUGGAGUCAGAGAAUGGUGGGGGAGUCGUUGACCUCAAUGCCUUUGACCCUGCACUUCCCAAGACGAUGAUGCAGUUCCUGGAGCAGGGAGAGGCCACCCUUUCAGUGGCAAGAAGAGCUAUGAAUGCCCAGUUGCCAGUCCUUCCACGGUCUCAGGUGACCUUCCUGGCCCCAGUCACCCGGCCAGACAAGGUGGUAUGUGUGGGCAUGAAUUAUGCCGACCACUGCAAAGAACAGAACGUGCCAGUGCCCAAGGAGCCCAUUAUCUUCAGCAAGUUUGCUAGCUCCAUCGUGGGACCCUACGACGAGGUUAUCCUCCCACCAGAGAGCAAGGAGGUGGACUGGGAGGUGGAGCUGGCAGUGAUCAUUGGAAAGAAAGGCAAGCACAUCCAGACCACAGAUGCCAUGGCUCAUGUGGCUGGCUUCACUGUGGCUCAUGAUGUGAGUGCUCGGGACUGGCAAAUGAGACGCAAUGGAAAGCAGUGGCUUCUGGGAAAAACCUUCGACACUUUCUGCCCUCUGGGCCCUGCCUUAGUUACCAGGGACAGCAUAGCAGAUCCACACAACUUAAAGAUCUGCUGCCGAGUGAAUGGGGAGGUAGUCCAGAGCAGCAAUACCAACCAGAUGGUGUUCAAGACAGAAGAACUGAUAGCCUGGGUCUCCCAGUUUGUCACUCUUUACCCAGGGGACAUCAUCCUGACUGGGACUCCCCCAGGUGUUGGUGUGUUUAGGAAGCCACCUGUCUUUCUCAAGAAGGGUGACGAAGUGCAGUGUGAGAUCGAAGAACUUGGUGUCAUCGUCAAUAAGGUGGUGUGAUGGCUUCCCUGCAAGUUCCUGGCUUUCAGACAAGAUGGGGACAUCUGCUCCCAGACAGCACAUUGCUGGCCCUACCCCCUCAGGGGCAGGAGUAAGGCUGGAAUUCUGUAAUAAAUUUUCCAGAUCAAAGCAGG